AUGCAGACCCCUGUCCCUUCUUCCAACAGCCACAGCUGGCCCAGAGAACGUCAGUACUCUCAACUGCCCUUCCUGCGGAGAGUUACACACACCUUCCGCUGGCUGGCACAAGUGGCAGCGGCAGAAAUCAGCCUGCUGGCCUUUAUUCUGCUUCUGCUCAUGGUCUUCUCCAAGCAGUGGCUGUACCCCUCUAGGAGCCGCUUCUUUCAGCGCUGCCCUGAGAAUGUCACCAACACAAUCUACAGCUCAGUGUCUAUCAUGUCCAUGGGACUCAUGUACCUCUGCAAAUCGAAGAGCUGUGCCAAUGCAGGCAGAGACAGUUAUAAUCUGUUGACACAUCACCCAAUCUUUUUGGUGGCCAUGAUGACCUUCCUUCUGGCCUUGGCCCUGGGUUUCAUCCUCACCAUCUGGUUGCACCUGCCCUAUCUGCCUCAUCUGCAGAGUUUGCCUAACUUCAGCUUGAUUGGGACCAUCCUGAGCUUUUGUGAAGUCAUUUUCAUCUUCGUCAUGCUCCUGCUGUUUCCCAUUAACCUCUGGAUCUUUGAGUUGAAGAGAAAUGUCUCCAUUCCUAUUGGCUGGAGCUAUUUCAUUGGUUGGCUGGUGUUUAUCCUGUAUAUCAUCUGUGGAAUCCUUUGCUAUCUCAACCACAAAAAUUUCUGGAGUCUCAUUCUGAAUGAUAUCUCUGUGAAGAUUCCGUGCGUUGGCAAUUCUGGCAUAUUGGGAGAGUCCCUGAGUGACCAAGAGCGGAAGACUUUUUCAGACACUUCCAGCUGCAAAGACGAAGUCCUGAAUCAGCCACACAAUGAACAGCCACCAGUUUCUGACCACUCGACUCAGACUUACAGUUCACUCACACAAUCCUUGGUGUAG